AUGGAUGCCCUGCUAGCCUUGCAAAAUUUAGAGGACGCUGAGCGCGCGAAAAGAUACAAAAACAGAGCCGAACCCCAGAAAAAGGGAAAGGGCUCAAGCUCAAAGUCUCAGGACCUAGCUGCUCAGAACGCGGCUAGGAAUGAGAAGGCGGGAAGGGCGAUACAACGGAGCAGAUCUCAAGCGUCUUCCCGUAGCGCUGGAGUCCCUUCUCGUGCCGCAUCUCAGUCUUCCGGGAGAGCUAGAAGUAGAGCUCAGGAAACGUUAGACAAUUAUGAGAUCCCCUCCAGAGUAGGCGCUCAGUCUCCCGCGCCCAGUAGGGAUUCGCGACGAAUUUCAUUCUCGGAACCGAGUAAGCCGGAAGGAACUAAAUUAUGGAUUCCUACGAAGACCGAAUCGCUUGCUUCGGGGUUUGAGUAUGACCCUAGACUGCAAAAAUUCAACGUAGGCGAACAUGAAUGGAGAGACUUCACCACUCAGCUCAUUGCAGCAGCCAACGUCAAAGGAUCUAAACUCACGUGGCCAUUUCGGAAACGGAAAGUCAUUGCACGAAUCAAGCGUGAUCUGCAAUAUGGCGGUGACAUAACGGCUGUUUUCAAGUCCUGGAAUAAGGUAUUCAAAAUUCAGCGCUUUCAAGCAUGGUUGGAAUUGCCUGGAGAGAAGUCUGCGCCUCUACCUGGAAACGAUGAGCAUGAAGUCGUGGACGUGAAGAAAUUCAGAAUAUUAGUCAACCCGUCGAAAGAAAGAGCUCCGAGUGUUUACUCGAGAUCGAACAGUUUGACGGCAAGUAUCAGCGGGGAAGGCAUGAAAGCAGUUGAGGGCAGGAAAGAGGUUGAAGCAGAUGAUGACGCAGACGCAGAGCCAUAG